CAAUAGCGGAGAACAAGGCUGUAGCUGUUGAACCACCUGGAAGCGAACUGAAGUUUCUGCCUAUCUCACAAAAUCCGUGACUGAGCUGCCCAGUGCAAGGAUGGAGUUUCUCUGGCGUCUGUUGAUGAUGAUCGGGAUCCUUGCAGGGACUGGGGUGUCUCAGGGCUGCACCCCACCACCAGGGGCUCAGAACUUGGCGCUGGGGCGCCCGGCCACUCAGUCCUCCACGUACGUCGAUAACGACGGGACUGCAAAAGCCGUGGCUGGAAAGGCCGUGGAUGGAAAACGCGAUGGGAAGUGGGUACAAGACUCCUGCAGCCACACCCAGCUCGACACAGAGCCGUGGUGGACCGUGGACUUGGGCAGUCGUCAGUCUGUCUCCGCGGUGAUCGUGAAGAACAGGGAAGACGAAUGCUGUGGGGAGAGAAUCAGGGGGGCCCAGAUCCGCGUGGGAGACUCCCUGGCCGACCAUGGCAAGCAGAACCCCAUCUGCGGGACCAUCACCGACACCGCACCAGGAUCCCUCAGAACCAUCUGCUGCAACGGGCUGGAGGGCCGCUACGUCACCGUCACCAUCCCAGGCAGGGCGGAGUAUCUCACCCUGUGUGAGGUCGAGGUCUACGGUUAUAACUUGGCGCGGGAGCAGCCGGUCUCUCAAUCCUCCACACACAAGGAAUACGGGCUUGAAAAAGCCGGGCCUGGAAAGGCCGUGGAUGGAAAAUGGAAUGGGAUUUUGGACCAUGGCUCCUGCAGCCACACCCAGGAUGAGAGAGAUCCGUGGUGGAACGUGGACUUGGGCAGUCGGUAUUCUGUCUCCAUGGUGAUCGUGAAGAACAGGGAGGACUGCUGUGGAGAGAGACUCAAGGGGGCCCAGAUCCGUGUGGGAGACUCCCUGGCCGACCAGGGCAAGCAGAACCCCAUCUGCGGGACCAUCACCGACACCACACCAGGAUCCCUCAGCACCAUCUGCUGCAAUGGGAUGAAGGGCCGUUACGUCACCAUCACCGUCACCAUCCCGGGCAGGGUGGAGUAUCUCACCCUGUGUGAGGUCGAGGUCUACAGCACCCAGAACAUUCACGUGAUCUCCUAUGCUGACAGUGCAAGGAUGGAGUUUCUCUGGCGUCUGUUGAUGAUGAUCGGGAUCCUUGCAAGGACUGGGAUGUCUCAGGGCUGCACCCCACCACCAGGGGCUCAGAACUUGGCGCUGGGGCGCCCGGCCACUCAGUCCUCCACGUACGUCGAUAACGACAGGACUGGAAAUGCCGUGGCUGGAAAGGCCGUGGAUGGAAAACGCGAUGGGAAGUGGGUACAAGGCUCCUGCAGCCACACCCAGCUCGACACAGAGCCGUGGUGGAUCGUGGACUUGGGCAGUCGUCAGUCUGUCUCCGCGGUGAUCGUGAAGAACAGGGAGGACGAAUGCUGUGGGGACAGACUCAGGGGGGCCCAGAUUCGUGUGGGAGACUCGGUGAUCGACCAUGGCAAGCACAACCCCAUCUGCGGGACCAUCACCGACACCAGACUGGGAUCCGUCAGCACCAUCUGCUGCAACGGGCUGGAGGGCCGCUACGUCACCAUCGUCAUCCCGGGCAGGGCGGAGUAUCUCACCCUGUGUGAGGUCGAGGUCCUAGAUCGGGGCUGUGCCCCACCACCAGGGGCUCAGAACUUGGCGCUGGGGCGCCCGGCCACGCAGUCCUCCACGCUCCCAUCUGGCGUGGCUGAGAAAGCCGUGGAUGGAAAACGCGAUGGGAAGUGGGUACAAGGUUCCUGCAGCCACACCCAGCUCGACACAGAGCCGUGGUGGAACGUGGACUUGGGCAGUCCUCAGUCUGUCUCCGCGGUGAUCGUGAAGAACAGGGAAGACGAAUGCUGUGGGGAGAGAAUCAGGGGAGCCCAGAUCCACGUGGGAGACUCGCUGAUUGACCAGGGCAAGCACAACCCCAUCUGUGGGACCAUCACUGAUACCAGACCGGGAUCGGUCAGCACCAUCUGCUGCAACGGGCUGGAGGGCCGCUACGUCACCAUCGUCAUCCCGGGCAGGGCGGAGUAUCUCACCCUGUGUGAGGUUGAGGUCAUAGCUCAGGGCUGCACCCCACCACCAGGGGCUCAGAACUUGGCGCUGGGGCGCCCAGCCACUCAGUCCUCCACGUUCGAGAAUAAAGAGACAGGAAAAGCCGUGGCUGAAAAGGCCGUGGAUGGAAAACGCGAUGGGAAGUGGGUACAAGGUUCCUGCAGCCACACCCAGUUCGACACAGAGCCGUGGUGGACCGUGGACUUGGGCAGUCGUCAGUCUGUCUCCGCGGUGAUCGUGAAGAACAGGGAGGACGAAUGCUGUGGGGAGAGAAUCAGGGGAGCCCAGAUCCACGUGGGAGACUCCUUGGCCGACAAUGGCAAGCAGAACCCCAUCUGCGGGACCAUCACCGAUACCAGACCGGGAUCCGUCAGCACCAUCUGUUGCUACGGGCUGGAGGGCCGCUACGUCACCAUCGUCAUCCCGGGCAGGGCGGAGUAUCUCACCCUGUGUGAGGUCGAGGUCCUAGCUCAGGGUUGUGCCCCACCACCAGGGGCUCGGAACUUGGCGCUGGGGCGCCCGGCCACUCAGUCCUCCACGUACGUCGAUAACGACGGGACUGGAAAUGCCGUGGCUGGAAAGGCCGUGGAUGGAAAACGCGAUGGGAAGUGGGUACAAGGUUCCUGCAGCCACACCCAGUUCGACACAGAGCCGUGGUGGACCGUGGACUUGGGCAGUCGUCAGUCUGUUUCCGCGGUGAUCGUGAAGAACAGGGAAGAUGAAUGCUGUGGGGAGAGAAUCAGGGGAGCCCAGAUCCACGUGGGAGACUCCCUGGCCGACCAUGGCAAGCAGAACCCCAUCUGCGGGACCAUCACCGACACCAGACCAGGAUCCGUCAGCACCAUCUGCUGCUAUGGGCUGGAGGGCCGCUACGUCACCAUCGUCAUCCCGGGCAGGGCGGAGUAUCUCACCCUGUGUGAGGUCGAGGUCAUAGCUCACGGCUGUGCCCCACCGCCAGGGGCUGCGGGACCAUCACUGACACCGCACCAGGAUCCCUCAGCUGAAGGGCCACUAGGUCAGACUCACCAUCCCGGGCAGGGCGGAGUAUCUCACCCUGUGUGAGGUCGAGGUCUACGGCACCCAGUUGGGAGAUACGUGCUAGAAAGCGGGAGUGACACAGUCCAUGGAGAGAGGAAGCACCUCUCCCUGUGCUGGGGGCAAGGGAAGAGGGGGUUGAUGUGGAAUAAGCCGCUGUCCCCUAAUAAACUCUACUGGUCCCUUGCUGCAUCUCUCCUGUCGUUUGUCUCCAUCACCCAUAUCUCCCCUCCCCUUCCCUGCCCCUGCAGGCCACGUGGUUCUGAUCCCACACGAGCCAGAGGGGCCUCGGCUCCAAACCCCAGAUGGCUUUUAAUCCAGCAGUUCUGCUGCUGCUUCCAGCCCUUCCCUCCUCCCAACGCCCACUGCCCAUUUCCCAGCCUGCUCCCCCCUCUGAGUACAACCCGCUCUCUGGCUCCCCUGCCCCUUCUCCCAACCUGGGAGUCCAUUCCUCUAUCAGUUCAACCACGGGUGCCAACUUUCCAUUGUGCUUGACCCCUG